AUGAGCUCAAAAGGAUCUGCAAAUCGGUUGUCUCCAACCAAGGGGUCCGAAACAAAUAUGCUCGCUAGCGGGUUUAAGCGAACAGAACGAAUUUCAUGGACCCCUUUCUUGCGAGAUUACAUUUCAAACAGUUAUGCAGAACAUCCUGACCUUUACACAGAUGACUUUCGAAUCCUUGAUGAACUACGCAAUGACUGCAUUUACCUGGAAUCCAGUCAAAAAGGCCUCAACAGACUUAUCAAAUACUAUGGACAAUUAGUCUUUAUCAGCUCAAAAUUUCCUAUUGAUGUGGGCUUAUAUUUUCCAUGGUAUUCUGUUUCUGGUGGAUCGAAUCAACCAGGCAAGUUGGCCCAUCGCAAUAUGAAUUAUGAAAAAGCGUGCAUAUUGUACAAUAUUGGAUCCACGUACAGCCAGUUAGGAAACUCAGAAGAUCGAGUUACAGCCGAAAGUGUCAAGAAAGCUUGCAAUUAUUUCCAGAGUGCGGCUGGAUGUUUUCGUCACCUCCAGGAUGUCGUUCUCCCCGAGAUGAGAACUGCUCCUACUGUAGAUAUCUCGCCGUACGCUCUACAGACCCUUAUCAACCUCAUGUUGGCCCAAGCACAAGAGUGUGUCUGGCAAAAAGCAGCCAUGGACAAGCUGCGCGACGGCACCAUUGCUCGUCUAGCCACACAGAUUGCACAGUACUACGACGAAGCGCACGAGCUUGCCACCAACUCGUCCAUCCAAGACAUCUAUCCGCCCCAGUGGCUUGCCCAUAUGCAAAUCAAGGCUCUCCACUUCCACGCCGCAGCCCAGUUCCGCAAGGCAUCCGAGUGCAUUUCGCAAAACAAGUACGGCGAAGAAGUGGCUCGGUUGACGCUGGCCAACGCGCACGUAAAACACGCCUGCGAUAUGCUCAAACGACCAUCGUCUGCCGCUGACUCCCACCAGGCAAAAAAAGUCAGCAGUGCGGUUGUCAACGAUCUCAAGUCACUUCAGCAGAUCAUCCAGACAAACCUUGCCAGGGCUGAAAAGGACAACGAUGUCAUAUACCUCGAGCUCAUUCCAUCGCCACUGGCGAUCCCAGCCAUCCAAAAGAUCGUCAUGGUCAAGGCUACACCACCUCCCGAAAUCCUUGACCCUGUGUCACUGAUGCUCAAUAAUGCCAAUCACAAACUCGAUAGCACUCCGCACGUCAUCAUUGGCUUGCCUCUUUUCCAGAAACUUGUUCCAUUUGCUGUUCAUCAAGCCGCAAGUGUGUACGUUGACAGAAAGGAACGGAUAAUCAAAGAAGAUAUCAUUGGGCGUGCAGAAGAGCUCAAUGCUGUGUAUCACAGUACUUUGCAGUCUCUUAAUUUGAACGCUGCUCUUUCGGAGGGUGUGGACCAAUCCCCAGGUCUUCCGGAAUCUCUUCUUCGCCAAGCAGCAGAAGUCCGCAGCAGUGGUGGGUCAAGAGCACUGUAUGAGAUGUGGGAACACAUGCAACAAGCCUCUCUCAAGAACCUUGAGAUUCUUGAAGAUGCAUUUAAUGCACUAGAUGAAGAACAUGAAAUGGAUGAAACCCAGCGAUCUCGUUACAGAGAACACUGGCCACGACCAGAAUCCCAUGUCUUGACAGGAAAAUUGGUUGAUCAAGGUCAAAAGCAUCGAAUUACUUUAGUAUCUGCUCAAAAGGCUGAUCAAACAGUACGUGCCAAACUUAAUGCCUGGGCCAAGAUUAUGGAUGUACUCGUGUUACCUGAAGAUGAACUAAAGAGCUCUGUAUUGGGAGCCUAUGAAACCAGCAGCUCAUCAAGUGCGCAGGAAGCACUUGACUGUUUGCGACGUGCUGUUGAAGAAAUGAACGAGAUCGAACGAGAGCAGAAGCGAAUGGUCGAAAAGGCAAAGCGAACUUCAAAUGCAGACGACAUUUCGCCCACUCUUUUGAAAAAGGCCGCCCAAUUGACGGCCAAAUCUCCGACGACCAAGAUUGAUCCGGCAGAGUUUGAAGAGUUGUUUGUAAAAGAACUGCGGAAAUAUGACACAUACCUGAUGGCUUUAGACGAAAGAGAAGAAAGACAGAACCAACUUUUGAGUGAGAUCAUCGAGGCUCAUCGUCAAUACGAAGCAUCGAAACAGAGUAAUGUUCCUACUGGGAAACUCGAAAAGGCCCUUCAGAACUUGAACCAGGCUUAUUAUCAAUACAAGGAAAUUAAAUCUAAUCUCACUGAAGGCCUCAAGUUUUAUGCCGGUCAUGCAAAGGGUCUAGUUGCUUUUCGCAAUACUUGCUAUGAUUACUGUUAUCGUAGACGAGCAGAGUCUGAUCAGAUUGAAGAAAAGCUAUCUGCUAGUCUGAGAAAAAUGAGUCUUCAGAGCCACUACCAACAACCUCCACCACAGCAGCAGCACCAGCAGCAAUCUUCCCAAUCUUCCCAAUCUUCCCAAUCUUCCCAAUCUGAAUCUAGGCGAUCUACACCUUUUGGUGUUAAUCAAGAUGAUGGCACCAGAAUGUGA